UGGACUGUGGUCGAGAGACGGGGUCAUGCAGCACUUUAUGCAGGCGUUCACAGCCUUGGCCAGUCUUGGGAAACUAUUCAUAUCGGUUGGACAGGCCCAAUUAGAGUCAAAGGCACCAAGAAAACCAUUCCACCACACGAAAUGACCGACGAGGACAAGUCUGCGCUACAAAAACUACUUUGGGAGACUGGUCAUAUAGUACCUAUCUUUCUUGACAACAAGUCCCAUGGACAUUAUGAAGGCUAUUGCAAGGAAGUGCUUUGGCCAUUAUUUCACUAUGUUGUCUGGUCUGAUUCCACAAACGGGCAAGCCGAAAAGAAGAACUGGGCUGAUUAUGUGGCUGUAAAUCGUCAGUUUGCAGACACGAUCAUUAAAACCUACCGUCAGGGCGACACAAUUUGUAUUCACGAUUAUCACCUCUUGCUGGUACCUGAGAUGUUACGUGCCUCCAUCCCAGAUGCUCCCGUCGGCCUUUUCUUCCAUGCAACAUUUCCUAGCUCGGAAAUCUUCCGCUGUCUGACAAGUAAGGAGCCCUUUAUUUAUCUAUUUAUUUAUUUUGUACAGGAUUAUUUAACUGCUCAAUUCAUAAACCAUUACCCUACUAUCUUGUGUAUAGCUCGAAAUGAAAUUCUGCAGGGUAUGCUUGGGGCGAAUCUUGUAGGCUUUCAGACCUAUUCGUACGCCAGGCAUUUCAUUUCAUCUAGCACACGUGUGCUUGGAUGUGAAUCCACCCAAGUUGGCGUCAAUUCGAACGGCCAGAUUGUAUCAGUUGGAGCAUUUCCAAUUGGUAUUGAUGUCGAGCGUGUUCACACCUUUAGACAGCAACCAGGAGUGGAGCCAAAAAUGAACGCAAUCAGGGAUAUGUACGCUGGAAAGAAGAUCAUCAUUGGGCGAGACAAACUCGAUUCUACAAAGGGUGUACUCCAAAAACUUCAUGCAUUUGAGAAAUUUUUAGCAAUCUAUCCCGAAUGGCGCAACAAGGUUGUUCUUAUCCAAGUGGCUACUCCAACAUUUGGUGACCACUCCAAGUUGGAAACAAAGGUAUCCGAGACAGUGAGUCACAUUAAUGGUUUGUUUGGCUCUCUAGAGUUCACACCAGUUCAUUACUAUCAUCAAGACAUCGACCGUGAUGAGUACUAUGCCCUCUUGUCAGUUGCCGAUGCUGGCCUCAUAACAUGUGUUCGGGAUGGAAUGAAUACAACAUCUUUUGAAUACAUCAUUUGUCAGCAUAAGACACACAGUCCAUUGAUUCUUUCAGAGUUUGCUGGAACGGCGGGCUCUUUGAGUGCAGCUAUCCUCGUCAAUCCAUGGGACUACGCCGGAGUAGCCAAAGCAUUGAACGAUGCUUUGAUCAUGUCACCAGAAGAGAAACUUUCAAGACAUGGGCAACUCUAUAAACAUGUAACAAAUCAUACUGCAUCCUUCUGGGCACAUUCAUUUGUUAAAGGGCUUGUUAGCUGCACUGAAGAACAAUCCCUCCAGUCGCACUCCACGCCGGCCUUGAAUGUAGAUGCGCUCAAGAGCACGUAUAUUGGAUCAAAAAAGAGAUUGAUGUUUUUUGACUAUGAUGGUACUCUCACACCUAUUGUGUCUCUUCCAUCAGAUGCUAAGCCAUCAAAUGACAUGUUGACUAGCCUCAGAGUUCUUUGUCAAAAUCCACUUAAUGUUGUGUGGAUCAUAUCUGGCCGUGACCAGGCCACACUUGAUGAGUGGAUUGGUAGUAAAGUGGACAACAUCGGACUCAGUGCUGAGCAUGGAUGCUACAUAAAGCCACCAGGUGCUGAGAAAUGGACAAGUAUCGUUAGUAAUGUAGACAUGAGUUGGAAACAGGAUGUGGCCGAGAUCUUUGAGUAUUACACAGAGCGUACUCAAGGUAGUAUGGUAGAAUACAAAAAAUCCUCUAUCACUUGGCACUACCGAAACGCAGAUGCAACCUAUGGUGCUUUCCAAGCAAAAGAAUGUCAAAACCAUCUUGAGAAUGCAAUUGUGUCCAAACUUCCAGUAGAAAUAUUGGUUGGAAAAAAGAAUCUAGAGGUUAGACCGAUGGCUAUCAACAAGGGUGAAAUCGUGAAGCGGAUAUUGUCUCAAAACCCUGAUGCCGACAUGGUUAUCUGUGCUGGUGAUGACAAAACAGACGAGGAUAUGUUCCGUAUGCUUAGUAAUAUUCACCAACAAACGUUCCCGGGGUCAGCUCCCGUCUCGCCUCAUGAUCCUCCUAGCCGCUCCAGUUCCUUCUCACUCUUACCGCCACAAUCGCCUUUAUUGCCAGAGAAGGCCGUGUCUUUGUUUUCAAUUACAGUAGGACCACCCGAAAAGAAGACUAUGGCUAACUGGCAUGUAGACUCUAGUUCUGAAGUGGUU